AUGAUGGGCUACGCCAUGACCAUCCACAAAGCCCAGGGCAUGAGCUUGGCGGCUGCAGUGGUGUAUUUCGAUUCCCCACACGCGCAGCCCGGCCUGGGCUACACAGCUGUGAGUCGUAUGACCACAGCCGAGAACUUACGCUUCGUAGUUCCGGACAUGCACUACCCAUGCAAAAAUAGCCUUGCGCACAUGCUCCACGCGCCCGACCGGGACAAUGAAGAGCGCGGCAUCACUGUCGCGCAGAUGACUUCGUCCUUGACGUGGGCCAAGGCACAGCUGACGAGGGAUGGGAAGCCCGGGUGUGAGGCCUUCAACAGGCCGGAGGUGUGGCUCAGCGCAGUCAUGGGCGCGGCUGAGCAAGUGGAGGCCAUCCUCCGAAGCGAAUGCGGCCCAGGCGAGACCAUCCUGACGCCUGCCGCGAGGAAGCCGUUCCAGAGUCUUCUCGCGCAGCUGAAAGUCAAGCGUGCGUCCGAGGUGCUGAACACCGUGGACUACCCCAACACCACUUCCUCGAAGCAGGAGACAGAGGUCAUGGCGGAGCAGCUGCUCAAAGGAUGGCUAAACUCAGUCAUGAUUAACCUGUAUGUGGCGACCAUGACGCUGCAGCAGGCCGCAGCCUUGGCUUCGAACCCGGACGUGGCGAAAGACCGCUUCUGCAACGGAGGAGCCCAGCCGACGGAGGAGUACGCGGCGUGGUGGCAAGCGCCGCAGAAUGGCAGAGCCUUCGCGCGCUGGCUGGCAGCCCAACACUGGCGCGCGGCCGCCAGCAAGCGGCACGCGCAGGGCGCGCCGCGAGAGGAGGUCGCCCCGGAUGCAGGGAACCCUUUGCAGUGGUCCCCGGUCGCCAACCCCAAGGUCAACAACACAGAGAGCGCGCCGCAGGGGCAGCCGACGCAAGCAGCGCCAGCGGCAGCAGAUGCGGCGCAGAGGCUGCCGGAAGAGACUGCGACUGCGGCGCCAGCGACAGAGAACGCGGCCCAGGAGGCGCCGGCAGAGAAGACCGAGGAAAAGAAACCGGCUGUGAAGGCUCCGGCGCCAAGUGCAGCCAAGAAAGCAGCAAAGACCAAGGCGAAGAAGACGGAAGAGGAGGUCAUCGAAAACACAGAGGAAGAAGACGAAGAGGAGGCAGAAGAAGUGAUCGAGGACACGCCGGUGGAGAAGACACGGCAGAAGGCAGCUAAGAAGGCAGUGAAGCAAAAGGCCAAGAAGGCAAAGCGCGAGGUGACCAGCGCGAGCAAGCCCUUCGCCAGGUUCAUGGAAGCCUUCGUGGCGAAUUUUGCCAGCGCGCCGUCGGCGCAGGCGCAGCCGGCGGGGAGUUUCGUGGGACGGCCCGAGGAUGUCGAGUUGCCGCUCACUCCGCGGAAGCAGCAUCCCUCCAAGGACGCCCUCCAGGCGCUGCUGGCGGAAGGGCGCCGGCCGCAGCUGGCGCCGCACCUCGUGGCCCAGGCGGCUGAGGCGGGCGCCCACUUGGGCAGCCGGAUCUGUGUGGAGGCCAUCUCCCAGUGCGCCAGGGCCAAGCUUUGGCAGGAGUCAGUGAGGCUCUUCGCCCAGAUGCGCGAUGUGAAGGUGGGCCCCACGGUGUUCAGCUACAACGCCACCAUCAGCGCCUGCGAGAAGUGCGGGCAAUGGCAGAGCGCACUUCUACUCUUCCAGCGCAUGGCGGAGGCCCAGAUCCGGCGGAGCGUGGUGAGCUAUAACGCGUGCCUCAGCUCGCUGGAGAAGGGCCAGCAGUGGCGGAAAGCGCUGGGGUUCUUCGGCUCCAUGCUGACCGGAAAGCUCUCUCCAGAUGUCAUCACCUACAACGCAACCAUCAGCUCAUGCGAGAAGGGGGGCCAGUGGCAGCGCGCGGUGGCUUUGCUGGGAGCCAUGCCCAAAGCAAAGGUGACGCCCAGCGCCAUCACCUACAACGCCGCCAUCAGCUCCUGUAAGGCCGAUGGCCACUGGCAGCUGGCCCUGGCGUUGCUGACUGCCAUGCCUCGGGCCAAGCUCAAGCCGGAUCUGAUCAGCUACAACGCCGCCCUCAGCACCUUUGAACGGCUGGGGCAGUGGCACCAUGCAUUGCGGCUCUUGGGACAUAUGCGCAAAAGCAGCGUCAGACCCAACGUCCGGACCUACAACAGCGCCAUCCGAUCUUGCGAAAACGGGCCGUGGCAAGUCGCCCUGGACCUCUUUGGAAGGUUGGUGCCAGAUGAGCUUAGCUUCAACGGAGUCAUCGGCGCGUGCAGGAGUGCGCAGCAAUGGCACUGGGCUCUGCACUUCCUGCUGGCCAUGCCAAAGCCCACUGCCUACAGUUACAACGGUACCCUGGGCUCCUUCGUGAAGGACGGCGAGUGGCAGAAGGCCCUUUGCUGCCUCCUGGCGAUGCCAAAAGCGCGCCUGGCGCCGGAUGUCUUGAGCUUCAAUGCCACCAUCAGCUCUUGCGAGAGGUUUGGCCAGUGGACUCUUGCACUGCACCUGCUGCAGCGCAUACUGGAGGCGCAGCUGGAGCCGUCAGUCAUCAGCUUCAACGCCACCAUGAGCUCCUGCGAGAAGGGGCUGCAAUGGCAACAUGCCCUGCAGUUGCUGGCCAAGAUGCCGGAACAUGAGGUGCCCAGAGACGUGAUCACCUACAACGCGGCCAUCAGUGCCUGCCAGAAGGGCGAGCAGUGGCUUCACGCGCUGAGCCUGCUGCAGCUGAUGCGCGCGUCGCGGCAGGCCGAUGUGAUCAGCUUCAACGCGGCCAUCAGCGCCUGCGAGGGGCAGCCGCAGCACGCGGUGGACCUCUUCCACGAAAUGGAGACGUUACAUCUGUGGCCGGACACCAUCUCCUACAACGCAGUCAUCGUCAGCUGUGAAGAUUGGCAGCUGGCGCUGCACUUCCUGGCGCGCAUGGGGCACCCUGACCUCGUGAGCUACAGCUCCGCGCUGCAGGUCUGCGAGCGGCAGCACGCCUGGCGCCAGGUGCUGAAGCUCUUCGGGGAAGUGAGGAAGGCGGUCCCUUUGGACCGAUUCAGCUACCGCCCGACCAUUGCGGCCUGCGGCCAGGGGGGCCACUGGCAACUGGCGCUGGCCCUUUUCGAAGAAAUGGACCCAGACGAUGCGUCGGACGUGCUGGCUGCGGUAUUGAGCGCCAUGGAGAAAAACCGGCAGUGGCAGCGGGCCUUGUGGCUCUUUGAGCAAGAGAGGCCGGAGACUGGGUAUGAUGCGCUGGCCUACAACGCUACCAUGAGCGCAUGCGCGCGGGAGAAGUUCUGGGCUGAGGCCCUGCGGCUAUUGGAAGACAUGUGCAAGGCCGAAGUGUUGCCGGACCACGUGACGCUGGCGGUGGUUCUGCAGGCCCAGACCGACUGGCGCCUUGCGUUGUGCCUCUUUGAAGAGCUGAAGAUCAGGCCUGGCCUAGUCGCUUACAACGCCCUGAUGGACAUCUCGGAGGACACGACGUCCGACGCGCUCUUCGCCGCUGCUCUGGAGGACAACCUGCUGCCGAACCUGGUAAGACCCGAGGGCCUGCUGGACCUGCACGAGCUCUCCUUUGGCAGUGCCAAGAGUGCAGUGCGCUGGUGGCUGCAGACGCGGGGAGGGGAGUGCAUCCUCAUCACUGGCUGGGGCAAGAGUCGGGCCGAGUGGAUGUCUGGGGACCUCAAGGGCCGGCUCCUGGCCUGGAAAGAGCUGGGCCUGUGCCUGCCGAUGCCCAACCCGGGGCGCCUGCGCUUCGCCUGGAGCGGGCCGGCCCUGGCGGCGCUCUGCGGCACCUUCUGCCAGGUCACCAAACCUCGACGCGCUGCUCGACGAGGAUGGGGCGACGACGUGAGCUUCUUUGAUGCUACGGUGAAAGAAAACGUGGAGGCGGCCGAGGGCCUAAGACUGAUCUCCAUUGAGGCGCCAGAGGAGGUGUCCUCGCCCUUCCAGCGAGGUGGCCAGUUUGUGCAGGCAAAGGCCUCCGAGGAGGACAAGGCCUCCUUCUACGCCGUGUCCAGCCCGCCGAGCAAAGGCGAGCUGGAGUUCCUCAUCAAGGACGUUGAGUCCAACGCCUGGCUCACCAGCUCCGGGGCAGGCGACCUGGUAAAGCUCAGUGAGGUGAUGGGUAAGGGCUUUGACCUCGACUGCGAGGCAUGGAAAAAUGUGAGCCAGGUGAACAUCUUCGCCACUGGCUCUGGCAUCGCGCCCAUCAGGGCGGUGAUCGAGUCGGGAGCGCUGGCAGGCAAGCAAUCGAGGCUCUACUUGGGCGCACGCCGCGAAGGCGCUAUAGCAUAUGCCGAUCGCUUUGAGGACUGGAGGAGCCCAGGGCAUCGAGGUGAUCCCAGCCCUCUCGCAAGGGGAGGAGUCUUGGAAAGGGCGCCGCGGGUAUGUGCAAGAGGUCAUGCGCGAGGAUGA